AUGUUGAACGCUCUUCGUGUAUUUCGUGCCGCUGUAAGUCCAAAUUUCUCUCGUCUAGAAUCUUUUCAGCUUCCAGAAAAUAUUUUAGUUGCACGCAAUCUCGCCUCAGUUUCAGCCACCGCACACUUACAUCCGUUUAAAUUGUACAAACUCGACGAUGGUCCCCCUUCGACCACCACUUGUACUAGGGAAGAAGCUCUCAAUUUCUAUGAAACUAUGCAACGCAUUCGACGUAUGGAAACAACUCUUAGUACCUUGUACAAGGAGAAGAAGGUCCGCGGUUUCUGCCAUCUGUACUCCGGUCAGGAGGCCGUAGCAGUUGGCGUUGAGGCUGCCCUCACUCCUGGCGAUGCCAUCAUUACGGCGUAUCGUUGUCAUGGUUUCGUUGUUACACGGGGCGAAUCCGUAGCCAGCGUUAUUGGGGAACUCAUGGGCAAGAGCAAUGGUAACGUUGCUGGCAAGGGAGGCAGCAUGCAUAUGUACUCCCACGAGUUCUACGGCGGUAAUGGUAUCGUUGGGGCUCAGGUUCCGCUUGGUGCUGGUAUCGCCUUGCACAAGAAACGCAAUGGUACAAAUAACGUUUGCGUGACCAUGUAUGGUGAUGGGGCCUCGAAUCAGGGUCAGGUUUUCGAGACUUUUAACAUGGCAAAGUUGUGGAACCUGCCAUGUAUUUUCAUUUGCGAAAAUAACAAGUACGGUAUGGGUACUUCAAUUAGCAGAUCCUCAUCCAACACUGCUUAUUACACUCGCGGUGAUGUUAUUCCUGGCAUCUGGGCUGAUGGUAUGGAGGUGUUGACCGUCCGUGAAGCGAUGCGCUACGCUACUGAAUGGUGUCGUUCUGGAAAGGGUCCAAUAGUCGUUGAAUUGGAAACUUACCGUUACUUCGGUCACAGCAUGUCCGAUCCUGGGACUAGCUAUCGUACGCGCGAUGAAAUCCAAACUGUUCGACGCGAACGCGACCCAAUUAUUCUCUUUGGUCGCUUCAUGACCUCCAGUGGCCUGGCUACUGAUGAUGAGAUUAAAGCAAUUGACAAGAAGGUUCGCCAGGAGGUGGAGAAUGACGUGGCGACAUGUGAAAAGUCCCCACCUCCGCCUAUCGAAAGCGCAUACAAUGGUGUGUAUCGCCAGUAUCCUCCCAAUUUCGGUAUUCGCGGAACUGACAUUACACAGUGGAUUGUACCAAGGUCCUAG